AUGAAUGGAUUAUAUGCAUUAAAGGAGGUAACCCUGGCACCAUACCGAUCCGAAGCACAGGGGUUACUAAACUACUUUGCUGAUGCAACCAUAAAUCAUGUCGGCCGUAGCAACAACAUACACGUCGAUUGUUUAGCAACGCUAGCUUCUAAAUUAAAGUUCGAAGGUUUAGAAGAAACCCUGACUGUGAAGAGAAGAACGACAGAAUCAACGUGGUUUUCACAAUGCAAAGACACUGGAACCUGCGACUGGCGGACUCCGAUCAUCCAGGAGCUUAGCAGCUCGCUUUCUCAAGGAAAGGUCAGUCUCAAAGCCUUGCAAAGCUUCUUCAUGCUUCAUGGUAUGCUAUAUCAUCGAAACCCGGAUGGUUCCCUAUCAAGAUGUCUCGGAGAUGAUGAAGCACAGCUGCAUCUUAACCACGUUCACGAUGAAAUUUGUGGACAAACAUUGGUGGUAACGCGCUAUCGACGUCUUCAAUGCUUAGGAUAUUACUGUCCAGAAAUGGAGACUCAAUCUCGGCUACUCCAAAAGUCUUGUUCAAAUUGUCAAGCGCCGCCGCACCAACUGGAGGUUUUCAGCAUAAGUCAUGUUGGGGACUGGAGGGAGCCGUAUAUUAGCUAUCUCCGCGACGGAGUAAUUCCUGCUAAUUCAAAGGAGGCUGUCAAGAUGAAACAAAGGGCGAAACGCUGGGGACUUGACAUUGUUGGGAAGGUCAAUCUGCCAUCAUUGAAGCAGCACGAGUAUAUCAUAAACGCGACGGAGUACUUCACCAAAUGGGCUGAAGCUAUUCCUCUACGAGGGACUACGGGAGCAACGAUUGCAUCUUUCAUUAAGGAGUACAUCAUCUGUCGUUUUGGCGUGCCUAAGCAUAUUAUCACUGAUAACGGCACCCCCUUUUCCAACAAACGGGCUGAGAGCACCAACAAAACGUUAAUUCGGAUUCUCAUCCGAACAAUACAUGACAAUCCUAAAGAGUGGCACGAACAACUGCCGAUGGUGUUAUGGGCGUACCGGACGACACCUGGAAGUUCCAUCGGGGUUUCUACAUAUUCACUUGUUUACGGUGCGGACGCGAUCCUCCUAGCAGAAAUCAAGAUCCCAUCAGCCAGGAUUGCAGCAGCAAGUGGGGUCCACUGGAACGAGGCUGAAGCAUCUAACUCCAGAAUCGCUGAGUUAGACACUCUGGAUUCCAGAAGAAGCAAGGCAGAGGAACGUACUCAGGUGUACAAAAAUAGGAUCUCCAGGGCAUAUGACAAGACUGUGAAGCCACGAGUUUUUAAAGUAGGAGAUUUAGUCUUGAAGACGGCCAAACACAUCCAGCAAGACAUGUCCAUAGCUUCAAAAAAUAAGAAAGGAAAGGGAAAAGCUGUUGAUGAAGGAAAACCUAAGUCUUCUCGGUCUCUACGUAGUCGAGAUGAUCCGGAACGUGGUAAGGUCAUGAUUCGGGAGAUUCCUCCGGAGGGAGACAUAAGCAGCAAUGAUGAUGCUGGGUGGGAGAAAUUUGUACCUCCUGAUCCAGCAGGUUGCUCGUCCUCACAUGGGUUAGGACAACCUGAAGUUGAAUCCGGACCACAAGAAAGCCUUCCGUGUUUGCCGCCAUCAACAAAUGGAUACAUGGGAUUUAGAAGGGGAGUGUGGGGAUGUUCAAGCGGCAGUAAGAGCAUCUGGGUUGUAUCCCGCGGUAGAAAAUUAUGUGGUCACUGA